CAGAUAAAGAGCUGACCGCCCUUGUUCUGGAGGAGACGGCAAGGUGCUGUGCGGCAGAGCGCUUGUGUUUGCCAAUAAGCAGUGGCCAUGAUCAUGGGUACAAGCCUGGACCAGACCUUCUUCCCUGGCAAUCACUGGCUCUACUUCUCUGUGUACCUCUUCACCUUCCUCGUGGGGCUCCCUCUCAACCUGGUGGCCCUGGUGAUCUUCGUGCGCAAGCUGCGGCGCCGCCCGGUGGCGGUGGACGUGCUCUUACUCAACCUGACCCUCUCGGACCUGAUCCUGCUGCUCUUUCUGCCGUUCCGUAUGGUGGAGGCAGCCAGUGGCAUGCACUGGCCCCUGCCCUUCAGCCUCUGCCCCCUGUCCGGAUUCCUCUUCUUUACCACCAUCUAUCUCACAUCUCUCUUCCUGACAGCUGUGAGCAUUGAGCGCUUCCUCAGCGUGGCCUAUCCACUGUGGUACAAGACCCGGCCACGGCCAGGACAGGCCGGGCUGGUCAGUGGGUCCUGCUGGCUGCUGGCUGCUGCUCACUGCAGUGUGGUUUAUGUCACUGAAUUCUUGGGAAACUCCUCCCACAACCAGGGUGCCAAUGGGACCUGCUACCUGGAAUUCCAGGAGGACCAGCUAGCUGUUCUCCUGCCCGUACGGCUGGAGAUGGCUGUUGUCCUUUUUGGGGUACCCCUGCUCAUCACCAGCUAUUGCUACAGCCGCCUGGUGUGGAUCCUUGGCAGGGGAGCCAGCCAUCGCCGGCGGAGGAGGGUGGCAGGGCUCGUGGCAGCCACGCUGCUCAACUUCCUUGUCUGCUUUGGGCCCUACAAUGUGUCCCACGUCGUGGGCUACAUCCAGGGUGAAAGCCCAGCAUGGAGGAGUUACGUGCUGCUCCUCAGCACCCUGAACUCCUGUGUCGACCCCCUGGUCUACUACUUCUCAUCAUCUGGGUUCCAAGCAGACUUUCAGGAGCUGCUGAGGAGGCUGACCGGGGCCUGGAGCCCUUGGAGGCAGGAGAGCAGUGUGGAACUGAAGGUAAAGAAUGAAGGGGAGGGGCAGGUGCAAGACUGUCCAACAUAGAGAAUGGGUAGUAGACUCGAGGAGGGCUGUGGAAUGGUUGGCCAAGUGGCCUGGGCCUGGGCUAGGUCUUCUGGAGCAGGAAGGUGUAGCUGGUGUAUCCUCCCCAGGGCAGUUCCUAGCUCAAGGCGGGCAGGACGGACCUUGGCACAGCAGGCUGGGGACUGAUGCAGUUCAGGGCAGAGCAGGCACCCAGCUUCCUAAAGACGUGCUCACCAAAGCCCAACUCCUGAUCUCACCUCCCUUCCCAUCCACCCACACCCUAUGGGUUCAGCUCUGGGAAGUAGUCAGGUGAGAGACUGCUCUGUAGAAAAAUGAGCUCCGCCUAGCAGCAGGCCAGCUCCUAUGCUUUCCUGAGGGUCGGGGAGGAGUGAUGAGCAGUACUCAGGGUGUGAGGAGCUGCCCGGUGGCUUGGGAUGGGAGAGGGGAGGACUCCACCUUUCAGAGCUGUUCCUACCCAGCAAGUCAGGAGUGGGGGAGAUAGGGCUCUGGGUAUGAGGGAGCAUCCUGCUCUCACAGGGGCUUUUCCAGAAAGUUUCCAUUGCUCAAUCAAUUCAGAUCUUCAGGGACAUUCAUGA